UCUGAGCUCUUCUCAUCAUCAUGUAUCUGACUUUUUUGCUCCUGACACUGCAGGUGUUGAGCACAGCCUCACAAUUUUAUGGAGGCUCAAUGACUUUUAACUCAAGAAGUAACUUUGACGGAUCGUAUAAGGUGGAACUUCGCUUCAAGACGGCCGACCAUCACUGUUCAUCAUCUAAUUCCUGGGCAUGCUGGUCUGGAGAUUGUGGCUUUGAUGACAGUUAUGAUAUGGGUCAAAUAGAUUCAAGUGUUAAUGGUGACAACUGGUGUCAGUUUGAGGAAGUCAUAACAAGAACCUUUUACACCAAUGACCCAUUUGAGCUGAUAAACCAGGAUUGCUGCUGGACAACAGGUGGAGCCUGGAGUCUUUUCACACAUAUUGACCUUGGAGUGAGAUCAGACACCUCAGAGCCCAACAGAUCCCCAAUCACUACCACAUUACCGUUUCUUAGAGUUCCUCAGAACUGUCCAAGGAGGUUCAAUCUUUUAGCCUUUGAUCCUGAUGGUGACCACGUCAGAUGUAGAUAUGGACUCGGAUACAAUAAUGAAUGUGGGACUUGCAACCAACAUGCUGGUUUUACUUUGGAUCAGAAUGAAUGCUCAUUGUCGUAUGACUACACAUGGCUCACAGGAGUUUAUUCGUUUGAAUUGGUACUGGAGGAUUUCCCCAUGAAUACGAUCACUCUGUACUACACUGACCAACCUUCAGUGACUAGAGAUCCAGCCAGUUUCAUCAGACCCCGACGCAUGGUUCGAAGUGUCAAUUUUAUUUAUACAACCACAGUUGCACCGACUACAACCACAGUUGCACCGACUACAACCACAGCUGCACCGACUACAACCACAGUUGCACCGACUACAACCACAGCUGCACCGACUACAACCACAGCUGCACCGACUACAACCACAGUUGCACCGACUACAACCACAGUUGCACCGACUACAACCACAGUUGGACCGACUACAACCACAGUUGGACCGACCACAACCACAGUUCCAACGACUACAACCACAGUUGCACCGACUACAACCACAGUUGAACCAACUACAACCACAAUUCCACCGACUACAACCACAGUUGCACCGACAACCACAGUUGCACUGACAACCACAGAUCCAACUUUAUCACUUAGCAAAAUUCCUCUUCAAUUUUCUCUCCAAGUUGACGGUUCAGCUCCAUCUUGCACUGAGGGUGCAUAUAUACCACAGUUCCUCCACCCAACACCUCAACAUGGAGAGCACCUGCAAGCCCAUGUGUAUGAGGAGCUUGAAUUCAUAAUAAAGCCUUUUGCAUUUAUUUCAAGCAUCACUGAUGUCAUCAUAAGUGGACCAUUGUACAGCACAAAACAGAAAGCAUCCGCUGGGGAGUAUGUGAUUAACUGGACACCAACUUCAGAGAACUAUGGCCAACACUUUCCAUUUUGCUUCAUUGCAGAGGGACAAUAUGGGUCAAACAUUUACCAGUCUGAAAUGAGGUGUGUCCUUGUAAAGGUGGAAGGCUACACCACAGUUGCACCGACUACAACCACAGUCGCACCGACCACAACCACAGUCGCACCGACCACAACCACAGUCGCACCGACCACAACCACAGUCGCACCGACCACAACCACAGUCGCACCGACCACAACCACAGUCGCACCGACCACAACCACAGUCGCACCGACUACAACCACAGUCGCACCGACCACAACCACAGUUCCACCGACUACAACCACAGUUGCACCGACUACCACCACAGUUGCACCAACUACCACCACAGUUGCACCGACUACAACCACAGUUGCACCGACUACAACCACAGCUGCACCGAUGACAACCACAGUUGCACCGACUACAACCACAGUCGCACCGACCACAACCACAGUUCCACCGACUACAACCACAGUUGCACCGACUACCACCACAGUUGCACCAACUACCACCACAGUUGCACCGACUACAACCACAGUUGCACCGACUACAACCACAGCUGCACCGAUGACAACCACAGUUGCACCGACUACAACCACAGUUCCACAGACUACAACCACAGUUGCACCGACUACCACCACAGUUGCACCGACUACCACCACAGUUGCACCGACUACCACCACAGUUGCACCGACUACCACCACAGUUGCACCGACUACAACCACAGUUGCACCGACUACAACCACAGUUGCACCGACUACCACCACAGUUGCACCGACUACAACCACAGUUGCACCGACUACAACCACAGUUGCACCGACUACAACCACAGUUGCACCGACUACAACCACAGUUGCACCGACUACCACCACAGUUGCACCGACUACAACCACAGUUGCACCGACUACAACCACAGUUGCACCGACUACAACCACAGUUGCACCGACUACCACCACAGUUGCACCGACUACAACCACAGUUGCACCGACUACAACCACAGUUGCACCGACUACAACCACAGUUGCACCAACUACAACCACAGUCACACCGACAACAACCACAGUCGCACCAACUACAACCACAGUUUUACCAACUUUACAAGGGCCCAAGGCACAUGUAACCUGCUUACAAAACUCAAUGUCAGUGUCAGUUGAGAAGUCUACAAUCAAAAACAUCAAUAACAAACACUUGAGGCUGUUAAAUCCAUUUUGCCGGCUUAACUCCAAUAAGACCCAUGUGUUUAUCAGCAUACCUUUAAAUGGUUGUGGGACUGAAAUUGAGGAGACCAAUGAUAACCUUAUCUUCAAGAAUAAAAUAUUUUCGUAUGAUGACCCCAGAGACAUUAUUACCAGAAAGCAUGAACUAGAAAUUGAGUUCCUGUGCAAGUAUCGGAAAAGAAGCAACCUUACAAUGGAGUUUGAUACACGCAGACCAGGCAUCAACUUCACUGAGAUUGGCUUCGGCUCAUUCAGCUAUGAGUUCGAAUUUUAUCAAUCUGCAAACUUCUACAAUGAAAUUGAUCCAAACUCUUACCCACUGGAGUAUGAUUUGGGUGAGAUGAUCUACAUGCAGAUUGAGCCCAUCACUCCAGUCCGAAACACUGAGAUCUUCCUCGAGUCCUGUGUGGCUACACCCUACGAUAAUCCCAACUACCCAAUCUCUUACCCCAUCAUCACAAACGGAUGCAUUGUGGAUGAAACUGUUCAGAUUUUCUCAAAUCACAAACCAUACAUCGAGUUCGGUCUAGAGGCCUUCAAAUUCAUUGGGCUCCACGACCAGGUGUUCAUCAGCUGCUCAAUCAUCAUAUGUGAGGCCAACAACCCUCUCACCCGCUGUUCUCAGGGCUGCACAAAAAACACAGUAUCUCCACCAUCCCACCAUCAUCACAAAAGAGAGGCACCAAUCCAGACCACCAGUCACUUCAUCUCCCAGGGACCCCUGCGACUGAGACGUGCAUCACAGGUCACUGUAAGCCAAGGGGUGAAUCUGAACCUACUAGUCAUCGCUGGCUGUCUUAUUGCAACAGUUGCCAUGGUGUGCGGAGUGCUUGUCUAUAGAUUAAGGAUGUCAAGGGUCAGAUACCAACCUGUGCCAUCACACGAGAUAUGAGCAUGAUCUGUGUCUUCUUAAUAAAGUCAUUUUUUUAAAAUUUGCAAAAAUAUUACAAAGAAAAUGUAUCAUUUUCUACAACCGAUAGAUUCGGUUGUGAAGUCAAGUUUCUUUUAUGUACAAAUGCCGUCCAUGAUUUGAUAUCAUUGAGACUAAACUAUUGUAAUGCAUUAUAUAAAGCAAUGUGCCAGACAUCUAUUUGUCAUUUGCAAACUCUGCUGCUAGACUUUUAUCCUUUGUAUGGAAUUUUAAACCACAGUGGUCGACUUGUGUUGUUUUAAAUGUGCUAUAAAAAUAAAUUUGCAAUUUCCAUAUAUUCCCAGUUGAAGUUAAAUUUUUGUUUUAUGUAAUUCUAACCUCUCUUUUUGUAUCAGACAAGACUUAAAUUUCAUUUGUGGUUUACUGGUUUAUAA